GCCAACGCCCUGCUCUUCCUCAGCGUGAACAUGUAUGGGGUGUUUGUGCGCAUCCUGGCCGAGCGCUCCCAGCGGAAAGCCUUCCUGCAAGCCCGGAACUGCAUCGAAGAUCGGCUGAGGCUGGAGGAUGAGAACGAGAAGCAGGUGCAGGGUGGGAAGGGGGGUGAGGAGGACAGGGAUGGGCCUCGGGUGUGGCGGCUGGUCGGGGGCCAGUGGGACCCAGGGGGCCCCUCCGUGAGGCGCAGGGAUCCAGGUGGUCCAACAACGCUGAUGUCCUGUCGCCAUGUCAGCCGGCAGGAGGGCCACACUUCUUACCAGCAUGUUCCUCUGCUCACCAGCCGCUGGCCACGGUCCGUCACGGGCCACCCUGGGCUGGGUGCAGGCAUGGUGGCCGUGGAACUGGGGGGUGAGCAGGAGCUGGUGGCCUGGCGUUCAGGCCCCGUAUGGCUCAUCCUCUUUGCGGACAUUGUGGGCUUCACGGGCCUGGCGUCGCAGUGCACGGCACAGGAGCUGGUCAAGCUCCUCAACGAGCUGUUCGGCAAGUUUGAUGAACUGGCCACGGAGAAUCACUGUCGCCGCAUCAAGAUCCUAGGGGACUGUUACUACUGUGUGUCCGGCCUCACCCAGCCCAAGACCGACCACGCCCACUGCUGCGUGGAGAUGGGCCUGGACAUGAUCGACACCAUCACGUCUGUGGCCGAGGCCACUGAGGUGGACCUGAACAUGCGCGUGGGGCUGCACACAGGCAGGGUCCUCUGCGGGGUCCUGGGCCUGCGCAAGUGGCAGUACGACGUGUGGUCCAAUGACGUGACCCUGGCCAACGUCAUGGAGGCGGCUGGCCUACCUGGGAAGGUCCACAUCACGAAGACGACCCUAGCGUGCCUGAACGGGGACUAUGAGGUGGAGCCGGGUCACGGACACGAGAGGAACAGUUUUUUGAAAGCUCACAACAUCGAGACCUUCUUCAUCGUGCCGUCACAUCGGCGGAAGAUAUUUCCAGGGCUGAUCCUCUCUGACAUAAAACCAGCCAAGAGGAUGAAGUUCAAGACCGUGUGCUACCUGCUCGUGCAGCUGAUGCACUGUCGGAAGAUGUUCAAGGCAGAGAUCCCGUUCUCUAACGUCCUGACGUGUGAGGACGACGACAAGCGGAGGGCACUGAGAACCGCGUCGGAGAAACUGCGAAACCGCUCGUCGUUCUCCGCAAACGCCGUCUACACCACCCCGGGCACACGCGUCAACAGGUACAUUGGCCGCCUCCUGGAAGCGCGCCAGACGGAGCUGGAGAUGGCGGACCUGGACUUCUUCACCCUCAAGUACAAGCAGGCUGAGCGGGAGCGCAAGUAUCACCAGCUCCAGGACGAGUAUUUUACCAGCGCCGUCGUUCUGGCCCUCGUCCUGGCUGCCUUGUUCGGCCUCGUCUACCUGCUCAUCAUCCCACAGAACCUGGUCCUCCUGCUGCUGCUGGCCUUCUGUAUCUGCUUCCUGGUGGCCUGCGUCCUGUAUCUGCACGUCACCCGGGUCCAGUGUUUUCCAGGGUGCCUGACGAUUCAGAUCCGCACCGUCUUGUGUAUCUUCGUCGUGGUCUUAAUCUACUCCGUGGCCCAAGGAUGUGUGGUGGGCUGCCUGCCCUGGUCCUGGAGCUCCACCCCCAACGGGUCCCUGGUGGUCCUGACACCCAGCGGCCACAACGCCGUGCUGCCUGCCGCGCCCUGUGAGUCGGCGCCCCACGCCCUGCUCUGCGGCCUUGUGGGUACCCUCCCGCUGGCUGUCUUCCUGCGGGUGUCCUCCCUGCCCAAAAUGAUCCUGCUCUUUGUGCUCACGACGUCCUACAUCCUGGUCCUGGAGCUCAGCGGCUACACCAGGGCCCCCGGGGGCGGCAUGGCAUCGGGGCGCAGUUUCGAGCCGAUCAUGGCCAUCCUGCUGUUUUCCUGCACCCUGGCCCUGCACGCCCGUCAGGUGGACGUCAAGCUGCGGCUGGACUACCUCUGGGCAGCACAGGCAGAGGAGGAGAGAGAUGACAUGGAGAGGGUGAAGUUGGACAACAAGAGGAUUCUCUUCAACCUCCUGCCGGCCCACGUGGCUCAGCACUUCCUCAUGUCCAACCCCCGCAACAUGGACCUGUACUACCAGUCCUACUCACAGGUGGGCGUCAUGUUUGCUUCCAUCCCCAACUUCGACGACUUCUACAUCGAGCUGGACGGCAACAACAUGGGGGUGGAGUGUCUGCGUCUCCUGAACGAGAUCAUCGCAGACUUCGACGAGCUCAUGGACAAAGACUUUUACAAGGACUUGGAGAAGAUCAAGACCAUCGGGAGCACCUACAUGGCCGCUGUGGGGCUGGCGCCCACCACUGGGACCAAGACCUGCGGGGUCACAGCCAGGGAAGUGGAAGGGGACAGCAGUGUGGGGGAGUGCACUGCCAUCCUGAAAGGCCAGGCGUCUGAGCAGUGUGGGGUCUCCGUUCCAGGGAACGGGAUUCAGGAUGAGGACGGGGCCGUACGCAUCAACGUGGGCCCUGUGGUGGCCGGGGUGAUCGGGGCUCGGAGGCCACAGUACGACAUCUGGGGGAACACAGUCAACGUGGCCAGUCGGAUGGACAGCACCGGCGUCCAGGGCAGAAUCCAGGUGACCGAGGAGGUUCACCGGCUGCUGCGCCGGGGGACCUACCGCUUCGUGUGUCGCGGGAAGGUCAGCGUCAAGGGCAAGGGUGAGAUGCUGACGUACUUCCUGGAAGGCAGGACGGACGGAAACGGCUCCCAAGCCAGGGAGCGGAAAGUGUGUGGCUACGGGCGAGCCGGCCUCCAGGGCAGACUGGGCACGGGCCCACCCCCGGUGUCCUCCAUGGCAGGCCUCCCGGUCAGAGCCGGGAUGGGGGCUCUGCAGGGCUCAGGGCUCCCCCCCUGCCCCCACGGCCAGCACCUGCCCCCCGGAGCAGCUGGGAAGGAGGCUUAG